AGUGUCGUUAAAUUGCAUCACCCAUCACCACCACCGAAUAGAAGCAAUCUCUGAAGACAAAGUGUUUGCGUUACACUCUUUGACAAUCAAAUCAAGAUCCAUCUUUCUUCUCCCGUCCUUUUCUGAUUUCGAUUUCAACCAAACUCACGAAACCCUAAACCCCCUUUUCGUUCCGAUCCGAGAUCCAAGAAAAUGGAUGAAGAGUACGACGUCAUCGUUUUGGGAACCGGUCUCAAGGAAUGCAUUCUCAGUGGUCUUCUCUCCGUCGACGGCCUCAAGGUUCUUCAUAUGGAUAGAAAUGACUACUACGGAGGAGAAUCCACCUCGCUCAAUCUUAUUCAGCUUUGGAAGAAAUUCAGAGGAGAUGAUAAGCCUCCUCCACACUUGGGUUCUAGCAAAGACUAUAACAUUGAUAUGAAUCCCAAGUUCAUUAUGGCUAAUGGCAUGUUAGUGAGGGUUCUCAUUCAUACUGAUGUUACCAAGUAUCUCUAUUUUAAAGCUGUGGAUGGAAGUUUUGUCUUUAACAAAGCCAAGGUUCACAAGGUACCUUCGAAUGACAUGGAGGCCUUGAAGUCCCCGCUUAUGGGGAUAUUUGAAAAACGACGUGCACGCAAGUUUUUCAUUUAUGUUCAAGAUUAUAAUGAGAGUGAUCCUAAAACUCAUGAAGGGUUGGACUUGACAAGAGUUACUACUAAGGAUCUGAUUGCAAAAUUUGGCCUUGAUGAUAACACCGUGGAUUUCAUUGGUCAUGCUUUGGCGCUUCAUAGAGAUGAUCGCUACUUGAGUGAGCCAGCUCUGGACACUGUGAAGAGAAUGAAAUUAUAUGCAGAGUCUCUUGCGCGAUUUCAAGGGGGAUCACCCUACAUAUACCCUUUGUAUGGUUUAGGAGAGCUUCCCCAGGCAUUUGCAAGGCUUAGUGCUGUUUAUGGUGGUACCUAUAUGUUGAAUAAACCUGAAUGCAAGGUAGAAUUUGAUGCUGAAGGAAAGGUUACUGGUGUCACAUCUGAAGGGGAAACUGCCAAAUGCAAAAAAGUUGUUUGUGAUCCAUCAUAUUUGCCCGGCAAGGUGAGGAAGGUUGGUAAGGUUGCAAGGGCAAUAGCCAUCAUGAGCCAUCCGAUCCCCAGCACCAAUGACUCCCAAUCGGUGCAAGUUAUUCUCCCACAGAAGCAAUUGGGUCGAAAGUCAGACAUGUACCUAUUCUGUUGCUCGUAUUCUCACAAUGUUUGCCCAAAGGGAAAAUAUAUUGCAUUUGUAUCAACUGAGGCAGAGACAGAUCAGCCUGCUAUUGAACUUAAACCUGGAAUUGACCUUCUAGGACCCGUUGAGGAGAUAUUUUUUGAUAUGUACGAUAGAUUUGAACCAGUCAACGAACCCACUCUAGACAACUGCUUUAUAUCGACAAGUUAUGAUGCUACCACACACUUUGAAUCAACCGUAGUGGAUGUCCUCAACAUGUAUACAUUGAUAACCGGCAAGGUUCUCGACCUCUCUGUGGAUCUUAGUGCCGCCAGCGCCGCAGAAGAGUAAAGAAAAAAGAAUGAUGAUUUCCUUUGUGUUUGUUAUGUGUUGCCAAUGGAAUCCUUGGACUUUAUGACAAAUGUUAUCAGUUUAUAAUAAGUUAUUAUAUAGAUUGUUUUUGUUUUGAUAAAAGAAAACUCUGAAUCUUGUAGAACAGAUUUGUUUGCAGGGAGUGCAUUUGUUAUCUUGACAUGUA